GUUUUUCACCUAGCACAGCGCACGACGUAUUUUCUCGUCGUCGUCGUCGAAACUGGGUUACGUUACGACUUACGACAUGACCACACGUAUAUAGAACGCAUUAUCGCUGAUAAGCGGCGCACCAAACGGAUAAAGCAUUUUCUCAGUAACGUCACCGAAUUCAAUCGUUCGGAAAACUGUCCGCAAUCUUCGGAUAAGCGAUUUAAUUCUUUAUGUCGGUGUGUGCACUGCGGUCGCGUUGCGCGUGCGAAGCGACACACAAACAAUCUCUGAGGUGGAACGGACGCUUUGUUUUGUGGCUCCCGUGUUUCCAAACAAGAUCUCGGACAUGUGAACACGGACUGCGGAACAAUGGCCGUAUCAUCAACCUGUUGGAAGUAUCUAGUGCUGACUUUUAACGUACUGUUCGCGAUGUCAGCAGUAGUACUUUUUGGCGUGAGCGGGUAUCUGCUGUACAAGUUGUUCAUCUACCGUCAAUUUAUCGGUGUCAAUGUAGAGUACCCGGCUAUUUUACUCCUAAUGAUGGCAAUCAUCACCUGCUCUAUCUCCUGGAUUGGAUGGCGGACAGCAAAGUCAAUGCAUCAAAUCCACAUUAUACUGGCUGGAGCUUUGGUUGUGAUAGUGGUUGUGAUAGAGUUUUCGUGCUUCGUUUGGGCGAUGGUGGUGUGGGAUAACAUCGAGAUAGACAUAAAGACUACAAUGACUGACUACUUCUUAUAUACCAGUGAGAAUAAGGAAACUAGUAUAGACUCAGUAAGAUGGGAUCGACUGCAUGUGAAGUUCGAGUGCUGUGGUGUAAGUGGGCCAAACGACUACAGCGCCACAGGCCACGUGCCCUUCUCCUGCUGUGGGCAGGGGCCGCUGGACUCCAUACAGAAGCCCUACACAUCGGAUUGCUCCAUCCUGUACCAGCGCGGUUGCGGCAACCUCCUUCACAGCUACGCCAAGGAGCAUGUCCUGUUUGUUGCCAUGGCAGCGCUUAUAGCAUCAGUUCUGCAGAGUACAGGCAUCUUCUGCACGUUCUUCCUGGCUCAUGCGAUUAGAGAGAGGAGGAGGGCUUCUAUACGACAAUCCACAUCGAUCAGAGAGGCGACGUACGCGGCGGCCGACGACAGUCUACUAGCCACCGCCCCUAAUCCCACCCUGCCAAAGUAUUAGGUGUAUUUUCCUAUGCAGGUUGUAACAAAACAAAGUGAUAAUACUUUAAG